AUGGUUGGAUGGGAAAAUAAUUAGCUUCAUUAAAAAAAGUGCGCGAUGGAAGCGAAAAACUGUAGAAAAAAUCAAGAAUCUUUUCAUUAAAAAAAAAAAAAAUUCAUUAUAUAAUUAUGUAUUAAAAUUAUGUGUGAGUAGGUUUAUAAAAAACUCAUAAUUUACCUACUGUUAUACACACUGCUAGUCGGAAAACAUUAUUAUUGCAAUAAUUCAAAGUGAACUAACUGACAAGCUUCGCCUAUAUAAAAAUCAAACAGACAAUCCAACAGUAAACCCGAAAAUUCAUCUCAACUCAUUUCAUCCCGCCACCUUUCCAAAUGAAAUCAGCGCGCGAUCUCUCCAGGUUGCGGCAAAAAAGAAAUUUAAUCUACUAAUAAACAUGCAAACAAGAACGCACCGGCUACCUGUUGCAAGCGCCCGAGCCGCGCCGCGUCUCCGCCAAUCAGCGGCCAGCGGCCGCCCAUGCUGCUCUCUCAUUGGUCGAAUGUUAGAGGGGGCUAACGCAAGGGGGGAAGCAAGGCCGAGGUCUCGUCGUUUUAAACAUGACACUGGCAAGAAAAGCACCGCAUUGAGCUUUCGGGAGCUUUUCACGCGUCCGCGAGAAACAAAUGAGUUUCGAAAAUUCAAAAUAAUGUGUAUGUGAUUCGAAAUUUGAAUUAACGUUCGAAAAUGUCGUUGGGUAAGCAGCCCGCUGAGCAUAUAAAGCGGCCAAUGAACGCUUUUAUGGUGUGGUCGAGGGGACAGCGGAGAAAGAUGGCCCAGGACAACCCGAAGAUGCAUAACUCGGAGAUCUCGAAGCGUCUUGGAGCUGAAUGGAAACUGCUGACGGAGAUGGAGAAACGGCCGUUUAUAGAUGAAGCGAAGCGGUUAAGAGCCCUCCACAUGAAAGAGCAUCCCGACUACAAAUACCGUCCACGGCGAAAACCCAAAGCGCUCGUCAAGAAGGAGCCAAAAUUCGGGUUCAACAUCAGCGGGCUGAUGGCGCCGGUGCCACGGCUGUUGCCGCCGCCGUUGCCCAUGCCGUUGGACAAGCCUGAGCUAAGCCGCGCGCUGUUCCCGCCGCUGUACCCGUUCUACCCAUUCAAGCUGCCUCCUGAAGAUGGGAAGCUGGCGGCGGAGCUGGCGCAUUUGCAGGUAAUGUCUGCCCUCUACGGCGGUGCGUUAUACGGCAGCUCGCUAUACAGCAACUCACUAUCCCCCUGCGGCUGCCCCCCGCGCCGCACGCCCUCGCCCCCCGCGGACGUCAAGCGGCCUGUAGCCUACGUUCUCAUGAAGGACGAGGAGCCGCCGCAGCACGUCAUAUGAAGGCCGGUGGCGCUCCCGGCCCGCGCCUGGCCCGGGCCCUGGGAGCGGCCUUCCACGUCCAUGCCAGAACGGGACAUGUCCUCUCCUGACAGCGUUUAAAUACAGCCAUGACACCACUGGCCUUGGGAAGGCCUCCAACUUCCAUGCCACGUGGGAACACGUCCUUUCCUGAUAGUUUUAACAAGGUUAUGAUGCGGGUUCACGUCCAUGCUGGGAAGGGACAUGUCGUCUCCUAGCAGCGUUUAAACACGGCCGUGAUGAGGGCUCUGGGAGUGGCUUCAACGUCACGCCCGUCAUGUCAACGCCCGGACGGGGAAAUGUCCUCACUUGAUAGCUUUUAAACACGAUCGUGACGUAAGCACGGUAAAGGCGCUAUUUAAUGAUAAAUUGAGAUAUCUUUGACACAAAAUCGACAUUAACCAAAUCUGUUAUAGAUAUGAGGGUGCUCGAGCGUGCGAGUAUCGUGUUAACAUCAUAUCAGUGACAGAUUUUAAAAUUUGAAUGCCGUUGUAAUUCAGAGGGAAGUUCAAGGAUAAUAUUUUAGUGAUUUUUGGGUUUUACAUGAAAAAUAACCGAAUUCAAAUCCAAAAUGAAUAGCUUUUGUUUCUAAAUCAAGAUUUAACUAGGAAAUGUCCAAAACAAUUCAAAUUCUAUGUCAUAAACAACUAGUUCACUAAACAAUACUUUCAUGAGAAUCAUAAGUUUCGUAAUUGCUGAGAUAAAUCGAAACAAACGCAUUGUAAAUUUUAGCAUCAGGCGCCAAAAUUUACUAUGCGUCGUCUUAACAAAAUAGCGCCUUUUCUGUUAUCAGUACACGAUCGUGUAGGCUAGGUAAGACUGACUGAACCUUAGUGCAAUGACUAGACACUGCCAAAGUGCUAAAAGUGCUCAAGUGACCGAAUAAAGUGCUAAGUGCAAUCUUAUGAAAGUGCAAUGUAAGUAUGUUGAAUAGAUAACAUAUCAUAAUUUAGUAUUAAGCUAAGUGUUAGUAAAGUAUAUGUCAAUUUGUAAAAAGACUUUCAGCAAUACUCUGCACUGUAUAAAAAUGUUUAGCAAUUUUGAAAUAACAGAUAUCAUAUUGCGUCGACCGUCUAGUGGCGCAUUGGAGAAUUGUGUCCUCUAAUAAAUCAAUUAAUUUGGCCGUUGGCCGAUCGCCUCGACUGCUCACAAAAUACUGGGUUGAUGUGGUUAUUGGGAGGGACAAAUAGGGUAAGACUAUUUGUCGCUCCCAAUAGGGCAAACCUGGGCUAUUCGGUGAUACUUGGUUAUUCAGUAAUAGUCAGUUUUAUUGUCUUUUAGCCGAGUUGCCCUGUAAUUUUAUUGCUUAAAACGACGUCUAAGAAAUAGCACAAAUGUGACUAAUGUGGUGUAAUAUGGUUCCAAGUCAUAAAAUUACCAGGUAACUUGGCUAAAAGACAAUAAAACUGACUAUCACUGAAUAACCAAGAAUCACCGAAUAGCCCAGGUUUGCCCUACUCACUAGGUUAAGUUUCCUGUAGAUAGAUAGUUCAUAUGACUAACAUAGAUUUUUAAGAACCUAAAUUACUAACCAAUUUCUAUGGAUUAUGGUCCGAAA